AUGGUGGCCGCCCCCUCCACCUUCCGAACGGGAGGCUGGCCGGCCGCGCUCCUGCCCUGGCUGCUGCUGCUGCUCGCGGCCGCGGCUUGUAUGGCCGGUUGCUGGUGGAUCGCGGUGUCGAAGGCGGUGCCCGCAGUGGCGCGGACAGCGGUGGUGGUUGCGCCAACAGCGUCGGGAAGUCGCGGCGCACUGUUCAAACCGGUUCCUAUGUUGUUCGACGAUGAGCCGAGUCCGCAGGAGAUCUGGUCAGCGGUGGCGUCAUCCAUUGCACAGUGGCAGCGCGCGCACAACGGACGCCACCGAAGAAGCACCAACGCGGCCACAGCGGAGAGGGGCGUCUGCUACGGAUCUCUUGGCUGCUACAGAGAGGACACUGUCUCAGGACUGCCGAACGCCUUGCCUGAAAAACCCGGCAGCAUUGGAACACGUUUCUACUUGAGCUCUCGCCGAAGCCGGGAGCCACGUCUCUUGGGAGAGUCGGCCUUCAACGCUUCGAAGCCAGUCAAGCUCAUCAUCCAUGGUUUUGGCAGUAGUGGCAAGCGCUCCUGGGUACACCGCAUGGUGGACGCGUUGCUCGUCGCUGGUGACGUGAACGUCGUAGUGGUGGAUUGGGAGAAAGGGGCCACUCUGCCCAACUACGUCCAGGCGGCCGCUAACUCACGCCUCGUGGGACGCCAGGUGGCACAAGUGGUGCGGCGGCUCUUCCACCUCGGGGCGAAACCACGUGACUUUCACCUGGUCGGAUUCUCCCUGGGCGCCCACGUAGCUGGCUUCGCGGGCGCCGAGCUCAGGAACCUAUCGCGCAUCACCGGGCUGGACCCGGCUGCGCCCUUGUUCGAAGGCUACGAUCACACGUCUCGGCUGGAUCCCACAGACGCAACUUUGGUGGACGUGAUCCACUCCAACGGCGACAGCUUUCUGCGAGGCGGUCUGGGUGCCUUCGAGCCACUAGGACACGUUGACUAUUACCCUAAUGGCGGCAAGGCACAACUGGGAUGCAAUAGCGUCUUUGUCGGAGCCCUGAGUGACAUCUUCUGGGGUCAUUGGCAGAGCCUGUGCCACCACCGACGCGCACUUCAGCUGUUCACAGAGUCAGCGAACCCACAGUGUCCUUUUCCAGCGUUUUCUUGCAAUACCUACGAGCACUUCCUGCGCGGCGAAUGCUUCCCUUGCGAGCGACCAAUGGACUGCAGCUACAUGGGGUACUUUGCUGACCGGUCACGAGCGCGUGGACGAAUGUUCCUGAUGACUCGCCAGGAGCCUCCAUUCUGUGCGAGUCAAUACAAGCUGGUUGUCAACAGCUCGGCCGGCCAAGAACCAUCAUAUGGGAAAAUUGAGCUGGAACUCUUCGCUGAGUCAGGCGCCAAUGAAACGUUCAGCGUAACAACUGAUUCACAGGAGCUGAAAGGUGGCCAGGCUGAGAAAGUGCUCGUCGCUGCCCACCCGGCUGUCGUCAACAUCACGAGAGUAGUCAUCAAGUACACCAAAUAUCGCGGAUGGAUUUACGGAGGCAAGGACUCCUGGUUCAUCGAUAAAGUAUCUGUUCUCGACAGCUUCGGCUACACAGUCUCGUACUGCGGACUACGGACACGACUUACCGACGGCAUUCCACUGAAGCUCCGCAUGCGAGCCGAAGACUGUCAGCCACCACCGCCGCAGCGCGUGGCCCGACUGGUGUGGCAGGUUCUGAGCGACCCCGUAGUGGGCAGCCAGCCCAGGCCUCCCCGACUCGUCUGGACGCUGAGGCUGGAAGACGCGGCGAUCGCAUCUGCAGUGGUAGCUGCUGCACCUCUCGAACCUCGCCCGCCAGUACCACUUGCACCGACUCGAAGCCGGUAGACACCAGCAACUAGGCAAAUUUCGAACUGUCGUUUGUCUACGGAGGCAGACUGGAGAAUA